CAAAGACCCUCCAACAACAUCAGUUACCAUGAAGGCAACCAAAUACGGGCUUUUAAGCCUUUUACCAUUAAAUUUAUGUUUUGCUAUUCAUGCGACAGGCUGUGGCGAUGAAAAAAACGUGAUGAUGUGACGUUUAUCGACCCCAUGCCUGCUGGAACCCCUUCAGGGUUAUCAUUGCUAAAUGUCACUUCUGACGUGCAACACCGUCUAUUUCAAAGAGUUGUGCAUUUGUGAACUUUAUUUUCUGUUAUUUAUCUUAGAGUCACAGUGGGGCCCUGAUUGGUCCGACCUGCGGUUGAUGAGGAGAUCACGGAGUGUCUCCCAGAAAAAUACGGAGAAAUGUCACCAUUAUCUUGCUAAUUCAAGUUUAUUAUCCCACAUUCUGUUCAUCAGUAGGAAAGUGUGCUGUUACUUCUUAGGAUCCCCUAUUUUAACCCCCAGAGCCUACAAAUGAGCCUACUAAAUUAUAUCAUUUCCUUCCAAAAUCCAUGUCGGUGGAGUCCUUGUUCAUUUGUCUUUUAUAGGUAAAUACACUGCAGAGACUGACGCUGGUACGGACCACACGACUGUAUGUCAUUUAGCUCAUGUCAUUUGAAUUACCAUUAAGGGAAGCAUCUGAGUGCGAGAGACCGCCCCGGUAUCCGCUGCUGCAUCCAACUCGCUUUUACACUUGGGUUCAUUCACACACACUUUUCCCACCGGGAUGGAGCCGCAUCAGGCAGCGCGCAGAGCCAGCGGAUCACACACACGCGUUGACGCGGCGGCACACAUGGCUGCAAGUGUACAGCGAAUAUUUCCUACGUUCAUCUGGAUAAUAACGCUAGUCUCGAGUUCCAGGACGAGGGUUUAUCCACCCAACGAAGUGACCCUGCUGGAUACCAGGACAGUGCCAGGAGAGCUGAAAUGGGCAGCCAGCCCUUCAGAGGGAGGGUGGGAAGAGGUGAGUAUUAUGGAUGAGAAAAACAUCCCCAUCAGAACAUACCAGGUGUGCAAUGUCUUAGAGCCCAAUCAAAACAACUGGCUGAGGACAGACUGGAUUCCUCGAUCUGGCGCUCAGCGGGUCUACGUUGAAGUCAAGUUCACCCUGAGAGACUGUAAUAGCCUGCCAGGGGUCACUGGCACCUGCAAGGAGACAUUCAAUCUGUACUACCACGAAUCAAACGAAGACAGAGAGAGCUACAUCAAAGAAAGCAGCUUCAUGAAGGUGGACACUGUGGCAGCAGACGAGAGCUUCACUCAGGUGGAUGUUGGUGACCGCAUCAUGAAGCUGAACACCGAGGUGCGAGAUGUAAGGGUCACAACCCGAAAGGGUUUCUACCUGGCCUUUCAGGAUGUCGGCGCCUGCAUCGCUUUGGUCUCUGUCAGAGUUUUCUACAAAACCUGCCCGCUCACCGUCCGCAACCUGGCAACUUUUCCAGACACCGUUACCGGAGCUGAUACGUCUUCAUUAGUGGAGGUCAGGGGCUCUUGUGUCAACCAAUCAGAAGAGCGAGAGGAGCCUAAAAUGUACUGCGGUGCUGAUGGGGAGUGGUUGGUUCCUAUUGGUGGAUGUCUCUGUAACCCAGGAUAUCAAGAGAAAAGUGGCACAUGUAAAGCCUGCUCUGUUGGCUUUUACAAGGCAAAAUCUUCAGAUACAGGAUGUUCUAAGUGUCCUCCAUACAGCCACUCACUCAGAGACGGAGCGACUGUUUGUGACUGCCACUCUGGAUUCUUCCGGGCUGACAGCGACCCUCUGUCCAUGGCCUGUACCCAGCCACCGUCAGCCCCACAGCAGCUCAUCUCCGUGGUGAAUGAGACAUCGGUGGUCUUGGAGUGGGCCCCCCCUCGUCGGCUUGGAGGACGAAGUGACACCAGCUACAGUCUGGAGUGUCUCAUCUGUCAAACAGGAAUCCACAGUCAAACUGGCAGUAAAGCCUUCUCCAGGAAUCACAGCAUCUCCCACAGUGAGGGUCAGCACAGUGGCCUUGGGAUGCAGUCAGACCAGGGGAUUGUGGGAUCUGAAGUCCAGUCAGAGAGAGGUGUCUUCCAGGGCAGGCCACUGCCUGGAGAUUACCCGAGAGUCAGCUCAAGCUCCAGCUCUCAGCUCUGCCUGCAGUGUGGCUCCGAUGUAAUCUUCUCUCCCAGCCAAACUGGCCUGAAGACCACCAGGGUGGUGGUGAGCGAGCUCAGGGCCCACACACACUACACCUUCAUCGUGCAUGCACGCAACGGGGUCUCCCAGGCCAGUGGUGCAGGAGCAGCCCAGAGUGUGUCUGUCACAGUCACCACCAACCAAGCAGCUCCCUCUCCGGUGUCCUCCAUCCAAGUCACUGAUGUCACCAGGCACAGUCUGUCGUUGGCGUGGCAACAGCCGGAUCGACCCAAUGGGGUCAUCCUAGAAUACGAGGUCAAGUUCUACGAAAAGGAUCAGAAAGAGAGGUCCUACCGUAUAAUUAGGACCUUCUCUCGGAGCGUCGAUGUCACGGGUCUCAACCCCCUCACUGUUUAUGUGUUCCACGUCCGCGCUCGCACGGCGGCUGGAUAUGGAGAGUUCAGUGCUCCUUUUGAAUUCUCCACCAAUUCAGAUCCCUUCCCUUUGAUUGGAGAAGGAGUAAACUCAGCCUUCCUGCUGCUGUCUGUCAGUGGGGUGGGAAUUUUACUGCUGAUAUCUGCAGCUGUCUUCAUCAUUAGCCGCAGCAGGAGGAGCAAGUACAGUAAAACAAAGCAGGACUCAGAGGAGGAAAAACAUCUUAACCCAGGAGUCAAAAUCUAUGUGGACCCGUUCACCUAUGAAGACCCCGAUCAAGCCAUCCACGAGUUUGCCAAGGAGAUUGACGUUAACAGUAUUCACAUUGAGAGAGUUAUUGGCAUGGGAGAGUUUGGGGAGGUGUGCAGUGGUCGGCUGCGUGUUCAGGGAAAGAGGGAGAUCUAUGUGGCCAUCAAGAGCCUGAAGGCGGGUUACUCAGACAAACAGAGGAGGGACUUCCUGUCUGAGGCCUCCAUCAUGGGACAGUUCGACCAUCCGAAUAUCAUCAGGCUGGAGGGUGUCGUCACUAGAUGUGAGUUGCUGAAGGAAUCAGCACACUCUUGGCAGCAGCAUUUGGGUUAUGUGCUCAUUCUAAUUAAGUCUAAUAUUUUGACCUGUUUAGGUAAGCCACUGAUGAUCAUCACAGAAUACAUGGAAAAUGGAUCCCUGGAUGCUUUCCUUCGGAAACAUGAUGGCCAGUUCACAGUGAUCCAGCUGGUUGGCAUGCUGCGAGGCAUCGCCUCAGGUAUGAAGUACCUGUCAGACAUGAGCUACGUUCACAGAGACCUGGCAGCUCGGAACAUCCUGGUCAACAGCAACCUGGUGUGUAAGGUGUCUGAUUUUGGCCUGAGUCGGGUUCUGGAGGAUGACCCAGAGGCUGCCUACACUACAAGGGAGGCCACUGGGACAUAUCUUUCCCCUGGAGGGAAGAUACCCAUCAGGUGGACGGCUCCAGAGGCCAUAGCCUACAGGAAGUUCACCACGGCCAGCGACGUGUGGAGUUAUGGUAUCGUCAUGUGGGAGGUGGUUUCAUAUGGAGAAAGACCCUACUGGGACAUGAACAACCAGGAUGUGAUUAAAGCGAUUGAAGAGGGCUACCGUCUGCCUGCUCCCAUGGACUGUCCUGUGGUUCUGCACCAGUUAAUGUUGGAUUGCUGGGAGAGAGAGCGAGCAGAGAGACCCACCUUCAGCCAGAUACUCAACAUGCUGGAUAAACUCAUCCGUAACCCUGGAACACUGCGCCGCACAGGAGGGGACAGGCCCACAAGCACUAUGCUGGAGUCAGGAGUGGGUUCAGAGGUGUGCGUGUCAGUUGUACCGGAGGUGUGUGUGCCAGAGUGGUCGGUGUGUGUCUGGCUGCAGUCCAUUGGGUUGGAGAGGUACAGAGACACUCUGACAGCAGCAGGAUACACCAGCCUUGACAGCCUCCUGGCUCUCACACACCAGGAGAUGGACAGACUUGGAGUAAUCACACCAUCACACCAGGACAUACUAAUGGCUAGUGUGCAGCAAGAAGUGCUGUCUCAAAUGCAGCACAUGCAACACACAAUGGUUCCAGUCUGAGCCGGAGAGCCGGAGAACAGAUACAAGGCUGUUGUGAGAAGAGUUUUCAUUUACCUCAUCCAUGCACUUUAGAGGGACUUUUCACCUGUGGAAAAACGAGGAGUGGAAUUAAGUAAAAGUACAGAGUGAAACGAAGAGAGGCCGACAGAGAGAAAUAAAAGCAGCACUUUUGUGAACUUCCAUCCCAUGGAGUUUUCUGAAAACCAUAACCUGGACGUGGCCACAGCUAGCAUUAAGCUACUGCGAGCUCAGACUGAGCCCUCAUCCUCUUAUCCAGCUCUAUUUUUCAUUAUUUCAUCAUCUGUUUUGUGAAGGCUGAUAUGUUAGGCUGUGCAUCAAGCAGAAUGGCUUUCAACUUUUCUUUCGCUGCUUUGGGCUUGACUUGAAUAAAAUAUGUUUUGUUAUGCGUGUUUGUGCGUGUGUUGCGUGAAUGCGAACAACAUGGAAUCUCCGCUGUCAAGAUGUCUGUUAUGUUGGGAAUAUUCUGAAUAUGCAAAGUUAGCCGAGACAGAGAGCGAGAGAAGCCAAACGGAAUGUAUCGUCACAAGCUCUUACCUGUUUCAUCCUGGAAGUUCAUUCUAACACACUGUAUGAUUUGCUUGUUUUUUAAAAUUGUUCCUUUUUUAUUUUAAAUUGUACAAAGUUACAAAUUUAUUUCUGUCGAUGUAGACAUUUAGAGUAGAGUGUCGUCCAUCUGUAUGAUUGUAUAUGUCUCUUGUUUGAUGCUAAAAAAAAAAAUUAGCUACAUCAAGCAUUUUAUUUAUGGUCUUUUUUUUUAUCUAGUUUGUACAUUGUAAAAUAGAAACACUGAGGAAAUAUUGUAAUGACUGCCAUAUUGCAUUGCAAUAAAUCCCAA